GUGUAAAUUGAUGGAGCACAAACCUUAAAUCUCGCAUGUUUUACAUUAUAUAAGAAACUGAUCAAGUCAAUCUCUCUCACUCUCUCACUCUCUUUCUUUAUAUUAUAUCCAGAUGCGUUUGUCAUUAGGACCCAUUCUUGCGCUUGCUUCCUCUGCUGCUUUUGCUUUAGUUUCUGCAGACACAACUGUCAAUGUCUGUUCUUCAUGUGAUUAUACAACUAUUUCUGAUGCUCUAAGUGGCCUUCCUAGUGGUUCCACUGCUUAUACCAUUGCCAUUGCCCCAGGUACUUAUAAUGAAAGAGUUACUGUCAACCGUUCCAAUGUUGUCCUGAAGAGUUCUGGUAGCAGUAAUGUCUAUAUCCAAUAUGCAAUUGAUCACAACACACAAGAUCCCAACAGCCAUGCUGGUGAUAAAGCUGUCGUGACAGUCAAUGGUAGUAAUGUGCGUUUCUACGAUCUUAUCAUUGUCAACAGUUAUAAACAAACCGUCAAUAUUGCCACUGUUGCUCUCAAUGUUCAAGGUCAACAAGUCGCUUUCUACAAUACCAAAUUUUAUGGCUUUCAAGAUACUCUCUUGGUCAAUUCUGGUGGUACUGCCUUCUUCAAGAAUUGUUACAUUGAAGGCUCUGUGGAUUAUAUCUUUGGUUAUGGUAUUGGUUAUUUCCAAGAUUGUAUCAUUGCUUCGAAUGCUAAAGGUUAUGUUACUGCUUCAAACCGAGUCAAUGCUGACCAAGCAGGUGGCUUCUACUUUAAUCAAUGCCAAUUGAAGGCUACUGUUCCUUCUGGCCCUAUUGCUUUUAAUGCCAAUGCCUCCCUCUCCUUCACUUCUGUUUCUCAAUCCACCGAUACUUGCUACCUUGGUCGUCCUUGGAGUCAAUAUGCUCGUGUUGUCUACAUGACCUCUACAUUUGGUACUCAUAUCAACCCUGCUGGUUGGAGUGUCUGGAAAUCCACAGACCCUCGCACUGCGAAUGUGCUCUUUGCUGAAUACCAGAACGGCGGUGCCCGUGGUACUUUUACUGACCAACGAGCUUCAUUUGCUACCUUACUAAACGAGUCUCAAGCUACUCAAUACACUGUUAGCAAGGUCUUUGGUUCUACUUCUUGGAUUGAUUCUUCUGUAUAAAAAUAAAAAUAAAAGGGGGGAUUUAUUUGUGUCC